AUGUCACAAACCUACGGUCCCGUGUUUCUACUCAAACUAGGUUCUAAAAACUUGGUUGUGGUCUCUGAUCCCGAGCUUGCCACCCAAGUGCUCCAUUCACAAGGUGUGGAAUUUGGCUCGCGCCCACGAAACGUUGUGUUUGAUAUCUUUACCGGGAACGGUCAAGACAUGGUUUUCACUGUUUACGGUGAUCACUGGCGCAAGAUGCGCAGAAUCAUGACGCUGCCAUUCUUCACCAACAAGGUUGUCCACAACUACAGCAAUAUGUGGGAGGAGGAGAUGGACUUGGUGGUGCGUGAUCUCAGCGUGAAUGAGAGAGUGAGGAGCGAAGGGAUUGUUAUCAGAAAGCGGCUUCAGUUGAUGCUGUACAAUAUCAUGUAUAGGAUGAUGUUUGACGCCAAGUUCGAGUCUCAAGAGGACCCUUUGUUCAUCCAGGCCACGAGGUUUAACUCUGAGAGAAGUCGUUUGGCACAGAGUUUUGAAUACAAUUAUGGGGAUUUUAUACCAUUGCUCAGGCCAUUCUUAAGGGGAUAUCUCAACAAGUGCAAGGACUUGCAAUCUAGGAGGCUUGAAUUUUUCAACACCCACUAUGUUGAGAAAAGAAGACAAAUAAUGGCUGCCAAUGGGAAGAAGCACAAGAUCAGUUGUGCAAUCGAUCACAUUAUAGAUGCUCAGAUGAAGGGAGAAAUCAGUGAAGAGAAUGUGAUCUAUAUAGUAGAAAACAUCAAUGUUGCAGCAAUUGAGACAACAUUAUGGUCCAUGGAGUGGGCAAUAGCAGAGUUGGUCAAUCAUCCAAGAGUGCAAAACAAGAUUCGUGAUGAAAUAUCAAAGGUCCUUAUAGGGGAGCCAGUGACAGAAUCCAACCUACACGAGCUACCAUACCUACAGGCCACUGUGAAAGAAACACUGAGACUUCACACCCCAAUUCCUCUUUUGGUGCCCCACAUGAACCUGGAAGAAGCAAAAUUAGGAGUUUACACUAUUCCAAAAGAGUCCAAGGUGGUGGUAAAUGCUUGGUGGCUUGCCAACAACCCAACAUGGUGGAAGAAUCCAGAGGAGUUUAGACCAGAAAGGUUUUUGGAAGAGGAGUGUGCAACAGAUGCUGUUGCAGGAGGAAAGGUUGAUUUUAGGUUCGUGCCAUUUGGUGUGGGAAGGAGGAGCUGUCCUGGAAUCAUACUUGCUUUACCAAUACUUGGACUUGUGAUUGCAAAGUUGGUGUCAAAUUUUGAGCUGAGUGCUCCAGAAGGGACAAAGAUAGAUGUGAGUGAAAAAGGAGGACAAUUCAGCUUGCACAUUGCCAACCACUCCACUGUGUUGUUCCAUCCAAUUAGGACACAAUGA